GAAGGCGCCCCCGCCUCCCGAGGAAGCCUCGGCGGCCCCGGGGCGGCCCUUCCCCGGCCCCAGCUUCCCGGCGGUUGCCGGCCGCCGCGCCUCGGCUGCAUUCGCGUCCCUCUGCUCCGGCCGAGCGGAGGGAGCUCCCCCCGCGGCCCGGCCCGGCCCGGCCCCGCCAGGCGCGGUGGCCAUGGGGCCGCCGGCGCUGCCCGCGCUGCUCUGCGCCCUGGCCGUCCUCGGCUGCCCGCGCCCGCCGCCCGCCGCCGUAGCCCGCGUCGCCUCCCCACGUAACAGCAGUAUACCACAGAUCAGAAGUUUUGUACUCUCUUUUGUAAGUCACCAGGAUGACCCUAUACCUACUGAAGGUGAUACUGAAAAUGACUUGGAAGUUGGAUCCGGAGCCACCAAUCAGACCGGAUCAUUCCUACGUGAACAACAAACAGUGUCAGUGCAGACAGCAAGAUACCUCACGAGUCCGUGGCUGACGCGUUUUGUUCCUUCAGUUUACACCUUAGUGCUUGUGCUGAGUCUCCCUCUGAACAUUACAGCGAUACUCGUGUUUCUGAAAAAAAUGAAAAUUGAAAAGCCAGCUGUAGUGUACAUGCUGAAUUUGGCCCUUGCAGAUGUCCUGUUUGUAAGUGUGCUUCCUUUUAAGAUUGCUUAUCACUUUUCUGGAAACAACUGGGUUUUUGGACCUGAAAUGUGUCGUUUCAUCACUGCUGCCUUCUACUGUAACAUGUACUGUUCAAUAAUGCUUAUGACGAGCAUAAGCUUUGAUCGCUUCUUAGCGGUGGUGUAUCCCAUGCAGUCUCUUGGGUGGCGUACAUUAACACGUGCCUCGCUGAUUUGUUUCAUCAUAUGGCUUGUAGCAAUAAUUGGUGUUAUACCUUUUCUCAUCAGAGAGCAAACAAUGGAAAUACCCAAGUUAAAUAUAACUACUUGCCACGAUGUGCUAAGAGAAUCUGAACUUCACGGCUAUUACCUCCACUUCUUCUCCAUCUUCUCUUGUGUGUUUUUUGUAGUGCCAUUUAUAAUUUCUACUGUCUGUUACGUGUGUAUCAUUCGAUGUCUUAGUUCUUCUACCGUUGUUGCAAAACAAAAUAAGAAGACACGUGCCUUGCUCUUAUGUGUGGCUGUUUUUUCUGUCUUUGUUAUUUGCUUUGGACCAACAAAUGUCCUCCUAUUAAUUCAUUAUAUCCAUUUCUCUUAUGAUAACAGCUUAGAGUAUCUCUACUUUGCCUAUUUACUCUGUGUUUGUAUCAGCAGCUUUAGCUGUUGCAUUGACCCUUUUAUUUACUACUAUGCUGCUUCUCAGUAUCAGAGACAAUUUUUCAGUCUCUUCAAUUGUAAAAAGACUUUAGAUCCUAACAGUAGUAACAGUAGUGGCCAGUCAAUGUCUACCACAAGUAGAAGGGCUACGUGCUCUACUAAUGUGAAUAACAGUGUCUACAGGAAAUUACUAGCAAUGCAUUGAGAUAACAUGUCUUACACAUGCUUAAUUCUUAGACCAUUUCAGACAAAAAAACCCCUGUAUUAUAUCCAAGAAAUGCAAAACCUUAAACCAACUUGUUGUACAAUACACAGUUCUAUGGGUUCAUUAUAGUAAUGCACAAUUCAAAUAACUCUGUGUAUGUAUAUAUACAAUAUAUGUAAAUAGGUUAAUGUAGAGGGGAAAAGUAAUUUCUUAAUAAUAGUUGUUGAGUGUUUUUCGAAUAAACUCCUUUUUUUCAGACAA